AGGGUCUACAAAUCGGGCACAAAAGAAUUCUUGUGUUUUGUCACCUGUUUUAGCAAGUACCUCUACCUUCCAAGACAUAUUCGAUACUAGAAUCAACUUCACCAAACAGUAUAUCAAUUGCUGUCUGAGAACAUUUAAAUUAAACAAGUUUGUUUGCUCAUCUGAUUGACGCACAAAAAAUAUAACAUGAAUGACACCGACAUGACAGAUAUAAACACUUAUUCUAGUUCUUUCGAUUAUGGUUACCUUUAUUCAAAUACGAACUUCGUCAGAGCCGGAAUGGCUAGUGCCUAUUUAACGGUAAUAAUUUGCGUUGCAGCCAUUUUUGAAAACGCAUUCGUAAUCUUCACUGUCUGUUGCAUCCCGAACCUAAGGAAAAAGUCAAGUGUUUUGAUAGUUAAUCUUGCAGUCGUCGAUUUGAUAAGUGGGUGUCUUAACUUCACUAUUAUAGUUCUGGUCCUAUCAACUACCGAGUACAUUCCAUAUGCAAUUUUAAUUUUAAUUUUAACGUUGAUCAUAAUGUUGUGGUCUUUAAUUUUUGUUCUUGCUGCGAGUUUGGAACGCUUCUUAGCUGUCGCUGCUCCAGUUAGAUAUGGUCAGAUUAUUAGUACAUGUAGAUUAACUAUCAUAUCAAUAUUACUGUGGUUAUUACCGGUUUUUUUAGUUGUAUUACCUGCUAUUUUCAAUCGCGGGUUCGUGUAUAUAUACAUACAUUGUGCAUUGACGCUUAGCGUGGUACUCUUGUAUAUUUUAAUUUUCGUUAUUUUGAAACGCAAAUCCAAUAGACACGAAGUUGGGGGUAUCUCUGGAUCUGCUCGACAGACCCGAUUGCGGUCGCUCUUCUUUACAUUUGGGAUUUUAGUGUGUUCACUGAUCAUUUGUUUAUUACCAAUACAAUUAAUAAUGAUAUGUUAUAUACAUAGCUGGGUAUCGCUGGAGUUUGUGGAAAAAAUAUCCGCAAUUAUGUUACCGUUUCUGAUGCUUAAUUCAGCACUAAAUCCGAUUAUAUAUUGGUGGCGUAUUCCGAAAUUCAGAGAAGGUUACAAGAAUCUAGCACGUUGCCAUAGGCACCAGAAGGGUGACAAAAGUAAAAUUCAAAGCGGUACUGGUACAGUCAAUACCAAAGAGGAACGCCCAGAGAGAGAAGAGCCUUGUAUUUUAUAUGAAUAGAGGCCCGAGAACACAUUAUUGGUUAUCAACAUAAUAGAGUUAAGGCUGUAGACAUUAUCUACAUUUAUUAAUACCAAUUAACAUAUGAUGAUAAUAUUCACUUCAAAUGAUAGUUUCAUAUGCUUUUCGUAGUUUUAAGGUAAUUUUGUUUUGAGCAAGCAAGAAAUCUUGCUCGUGUACCAAAGUAAAACUCAGCACGGCACGAUAAAAACCAAACCAGAACCCAGCUGUAAUUUAUAAAAUAGGCCCAAGGACACAUUAUCGGUUGCUAUUAAUAAUAUAGAUUUAAGGCUGUAGACGGUAUAUUUCAAUAAAAAUAGACAUACAUUAAUAGUAAAUCUUCUAUAACUGUAAAAAUGUAAAUAAAAUAAUACAUUUUGGAGAAAAACCUACCGUAUAUACCCAUCCCAGUAAGAUUGUGAACCGUGCCCCAACUGGGAUUCAAACUGGGGCCUUUUGCUGUCAUACAGUGGCAGAUUUCACUUCUUUACCGUAAUUUGUAUACAGUUCGUCUUACGAGACCCCUCUGGGAGGGGUGUCUCUGGGUUCGUCUUCACUUAGUAUUAAAAAAUUGACGGUUGUUUAGAUCUUUAAAAAAGUGGUCUCGAGGGUCUCGAAUUGGGAGUUAGAAUUUGUAUGUAUAAAGCAUUACCACCAGCCGAUUUAGAGU